CUAUUACUAUUCUCUAUUCUCUUCUUGCCUUUACGCUGUACGUAUUGCACAUCGUAAUAAUCAUUGAAAAUAAAUUGUAAAAAAAAAGAUGAAUUGUUUAGUAAGGAAUCUACUUCGUGGUUCUGCCAUUAAAAAUAUUUUAUUUUCAACUUCUAACAAUGGUUCAAUGAACAAUAAUUUAUAUCGAACAUUGUGGAACAUGUGCAACCGGCAAAACGAUGCUAUAAUAUCAUUUGCUGUUCCGAAAAUUCAGAAUUCACAAAUUUAUGGUUACGAAUGUAAUAGAAAUGCUCAUACUAAAGCGGAGAAGGAAUUAGUAGAGUUCUUGGCUGAAGAGAUAGUUGCAGAAAAGAAAGCCCAGAAAUUAAAAACAAUUCCAACAGAAUUAGAUGGUUUUAAGGUAUCUCUGGAUAGUGCCGAAGUUACACUUCAGAAGAAAAAUCAAAAUGAAGAAAUUAGAAUUUCGUUCAAUAUAAAUCAUACGGUAGAUUCUAAUUCUGAACCAGAAAUUGAUCCUCAAAGUGAUAAUGCAGAUAUUGGAGAAAUGAAAAGCAAACCAUCGUUUACCGUAGAUAUUGUAAGAGGAAAUCAAACUUUAGGAUUUACAUGUUCAUUUAAUAGCGAACCAGGAGCAUCCGGAGCUGAUGAUAGCUAUAAUGACAUUUUUGGUAUCGAUGAAAUAACUUUUUAUGAAGGAGAACACAGCGAUAAAGUGUAUGCAGUUGCUGGUGAAAUUAUCGAUGGUUAUCUAUACGAUCUCUUGAUGAAUUAUCUCGAAGAGAAGGGUAUUUCAAAUGGAUUUGCUGAAAAAAUCAUCGAACUUAGUACAAAUUAUGAACAUACAGCAUAUGUUAGUUUAUUAGAAGGUCUUUCAAAAUUUACCUCUAACAAAUAAGUUUCUACUCUUUACUGCUUUCUUAUUUGUAUUUUCCAAUAGAAACAUGUAAUCAUCAUAUUAAGUUCUUAAAUAUUGUUAAUGAAAAUGUAUUUAAAAAAGUAAACGUU